AUCCUGCACCAAUUAUCUGUUUAUUAAUUAUUUAGUAAAUAUUAUUUUCAUACACUAAAACUUUAACAUAAAAUUAUAAUACAACAUUACUUUAAGUAACAAUUUAAGUUUAUCUCCAACUUAAAUCAAUUUACUAUACUUGAUAUCAAAAGCUAUGUGAUGUGAUAUCUGAAAUUUAUGUUACGUUGAAUACCUGUAUCUAAAUUAAAUCGACACGUAAACUAUUAGGAUAUCAUAAUAUUACUAACUCUUCUGUUGAUCACAUCAUGCAUGAUAAUUUGACGAGUCCCGUAUCAGGGAAUAUUGAUUAUGAUAGCAUGGCUGCAUUACAACAAAAAAGAACACUGGCUUUUGUAAAUCAUUUCAUAUUAACUACAGUUCAAUUUUUAAACAACUUUGCUAAGCAGUGUGAACACAAAUUAAUGUGUUAUGAAAAUAAAUUAGAGAAAAUCAAUGCAUCUUUGGUUCUCUUGGAAACAAGGUUGUCAUCAUUACCAGAAAUUAGCAGUCCAGAACCCUCAUUAAUAAAACAACAAUUUGAAACUAAUUCAGAAAAUACUACUCAAGCUGAAGCAACAACAGAUGCAGAAGAAAAAACAACAGAUGGAGGAGAAAAACCAACACAAACCAUAAAAGCAGAAUAUAUGAGAUUUGUAAAAAUGGUACAUGUUGGAGUGCCUAUACAAGCAGUCAAAUUGAAGGCGUCAUUAGAAGGUUUAGAUCCCAAUGAAUUAGAUAUUAUUUUGAAAAUUUAAAUACAUGUAAAUUGUAAUAAACUUAUGUUUAAAUACCACAAUUUCAUUAAUAAAUUGUUUAU